AUGGAUUCAAUUAUGGGAUAAAGAGGAUCAGCUGGGAAUGAGCACGAAGGAGGAAGAAGAAUGAAAACUGAAUUACUCAUAUAGUUAGAUGGUUUAUUAAAAUCGAAAAAAAGAGUCUUUUUAUUGGCUGCAUCAAAUCUACCAUGGGAUUUAGAUAUUGCUAUGUUAAGAAGAUUAGAAAAAAGAGUAUUAUUUAGCAUUAUUAAUUAGAUAUACAUACCAUUACCUGACUAAGAAUCAAGAGAGUCCAUGAUUAGGAGGUACAUUCCUUAAGAGAUGAGUGAAAAUCUCAAUUAUCCAUAACUAGCUGAGGCUCUUAAAAAUUAUAGUGGCAGUGAUAUUAAAUUAGUUUGUAAAGAAGCAGCCAUGAAACCUCUGCGAAGACUCCUUAGUUAAAUUGAGGACAUAUAAGUUGAUGUUAGAACUGUGAAAUAGAAAAAAUAAUAAAAUUUGACAUCAUAUGAUGAUGUAAGACCUGGGCCAGUUACGGAAACAGAUUUUGCAGAGGCAAUGAAUUAAGUAAAACCUUCACCGAGUGUUUUCGAGAAUCAAUACUUAAAAUGGGAAAAAGAGAGUGGAUCGUGUUGA